CUACACCAUGCUGGGUGAGAAGGGCCUCUCGGGCGAUUGGAGCACCAGUCCCAAUGCUGGACUCAUCCCUCGAUGCAUCAUUGAGCUGUUCAAGGCCCUGGACCAGUCGCUGAAGAGUUACCAGUUGAGUGUGUCGUACCUUGAACUUCACAAUAACAAGUUGCUUGAUUUGUUGGUGCUGGACGAUCGCCGACCCCCGAGAAUCCUGCGUAACGCUGAGGGCAAUGAUGUGAUGGUGGGUAUGGAGCGACCGGAUGUGAACAGUGUACAUGACGCGUACAAAGUGCUGUCACAGGGCCUUAAAAAGCGCAAGGUGGCUGCGACCAAGAUGAACAUCAACUCAAGUCGGUCGCACACUGUCUUCACUGUCUACGUCGACAUCACCGAAACAGACGCCAUGGGACAGGAAAUCAGACGCAAUGGUAGUCUUAAUCUGGUUGAUCUGGGUGGUUCUGAGAACAUUGAGCGGUCGGGUGCUGUGCAUGCGCGUGCUCGUGAGGCUGGCAAUAUCAACCAAGACCUGCUGCACCUGGGCACAGUCAUCCGCAAUCUGGUGGAGGGCAAAAUCAUCGAGGGCAUGUACAGGGGUAAGGUGCUGACACAGCUGCUGAGGAACUCCUUAGGCGGAAAGGCCAAAACAAAGUUCAUUGCCACAGUGGGACCAGCCAGCUGCAACGUACAAGAAACACUCAGAACACUCGAGUACUGCUUUACAGCCAAGAACGUCAAGAACAGACCAGAGAUGAAUGCCACCUGCAUGAACAAGAGUUUCAUAGACGAGGAUGAUGAAAGCUUGUAUGUCAACAAAUACGAAAAGGAAAUCAUCAGGUUACGCAAAGACCUAUUUGCAGCAAGAGAGCAGAAUGGGAUGUACAUGUCACAAGAGAGUUACGACCAGCAACAGCAACACACAACCUCACUACAGGACCAGUGCAACGAGUUAAAUGGCAUCCUCAGUAUCAUCAAAGAACAACAUCAACGGGAGAAGAGUGCGCUGAUGGACCAACUCAUGGAAGCCAAAGACCAACUAAAGGAACACGAGGUGGACAUCAACAAGAAGGUACACCCACCACACAACACACAACACCCACCACGCAACACCCACCACACGUGCAUACAUGCGUAUUACACAUGA